UAAGCUUAUGAGAUAGUUAAACCAAUUCUAUGUAAAAGUAGUGUUUCAUCAAAUUUCAUUUAGGAAAAGAUAAGUAGAGGGGAUUGAAAACUGGAUCUUUACAGUUAUCAAUUUUAGGUUCUCUCCCGCCAUUGAAAUGCUCAAGUUUGGGCGCAUCUGCAGUCAUGAACUCCAAGCUCUCUACUUCAUCCAUGGAUUCUUCCGCCGUUCACUGUAUUCAACAUUAUCAUCUUCUUCGUUGGUAUCUCGACAAUCGUUGCAAUUUCUCCUGGCUGAUUAUCUAGGGUUUCCCAAGAAUAAACCCUUUUCUUCCACCAAACUAUCGCGGUUUCUUGAAGUUCAAGAGGCGAAGAAGGUCAGUAACUCUGAUUUCUCCGUUAACGUCGAUUCAGUUGUUAAUUUUUUUAAAGAAAUUGGAUUGGAACAAUCCCAGAUUAAGGAGGUCAUCUCUAAAGAGCCUAAUAUCUUAUGUGCUAAAGUUGAUAAAACCCUAAAACCCAAAAUUAAGCUUCUACAGGACCUGGGAUUUUCUAGGUCUGAUUUAGUUCAUGCGAUAUUGGCUAAUCCUAAAAUAUUUAACCGAUGUUUGGGUCCUGCAAUAGAUGCUUUAAGGGAUGUUGUGGGUACUGAUCACAACGUUGUUAGAAUCCUGAAACGAUCGAAUUGGCUUUCUUUUUCUGCUAUUGCUAAGAAUUUGAUUCCCAACGUUGAACUGUUGCAAAAUUAUGGAAUUUCUAGUGACAGUAUCCGGCAUUACAUCAUUCAACAACCCCGACUCUUUGUCAGGAGGACCGAUGUUUUUCAGGAUCUGAUGAUUAGAGUUGAAGAGAAGUUUGAGAUUCCUCGCAACUCUCCCAGCUUCUUGCGCGGUCUCUACCUGGCUUGUUUUAAGGAAGAGAGUUUUAAGGCAAAAUGUGAUAUAUAUAAGAGUUUUGGAUGGACUCAAUCUGAUGUCUUGACACUAAUUGGGCAAAUUCCUUUUUGUUUGGGAUUAUCUGAAUCAAGGAUCAAGGAGAAGUUAGAUUUCCUUAUGACACAGCUGGAUUAUGACCCUGCGUACUUGGCAUCGCAUCCAAAUCUAAUGACUUUUAGCCUGGAGAAAAGAUUGGUGCCUAGACAUAAAAUGUUACUUUUUCUGAAGGAGAAAGGUUUGCUGAGUCGGGAUUACAGUUUUUAUACUGUUGCUUGCUGGGGUGAGGCCAUGUUCGUGAAGAAGUUUGUUGAACCAUUUAAGGGUUAUGUACCCGAAAUCCAUCAACUUUAUCUCAGCAAUGGAGCUGUUGUUCCACCAAUUUCAAGAAAAGCCAAAUCUCUUUGAUAACAUCAUUGAACUCCUUUUGCUUUUGAUGUUGGUACGUUCUUGGCAAUGGCAUUCUCUGGUCAAUAGCUCACCUUGAAUGACAACAAUUAGGGAAAUAUCGAAGUCCGAUACAACAUCGUGUGCGAUAACAGGUCACCAAUCAGAAUCCUAUUCAUCAUGUAUCAGUUCCAUAACAGUGAACAAACAGCAGAUUUGUGGAGAUAUUAUUGUAUCAAUAUUGGGUGUCCUUUCCUCAAUUCCCACAUCUUUGGUUGUGUAUAAGUUGAUUAAGUUGGUGAAUAUUUCCUGACAUAGACACGCAAAUGCAGACACAGAGAGAAAUUUGUGAGGUAUCAGGAAGGGUGAGCUGUCCAAGGCUGUGUAUGGAGUUGUAAUUGAAUGAUACGUAGUACAAGAGAGAGAGCACAUGGGCGAUUUUGAGCACAUUGGAGUAUCUCUAAUCCACGAGUUUCCUUUAUUCCCAUUAUCUACUUGUCUUUGUAUCUUGUUAUUUUCAGUAGUUGGACACAAUUUUAGGUUUUAUAUUCUUGCAAUUGUAGUCCAUGGACCAUAUAGUUGUAGUUAUUCAUGAAUAUUUGUAAUAGUUAAAUUUAAGUUAUGCGACAUCUAUUAUCUAUCUAUUACUUA